AUGGUGGACGAGGCGUUGUUUUUGCUUCUCCAUAAUGAGAUGGUGUCCGAAGUGUACAAGUCCGCCGAGCAGGGGGAUGUGGAAAAUGGACGAUGCAUUACUAAGCUGGAAAACAUGAGGUGAGUGGGACAAGGAUUGAUAGAAUGGUUUACGAAAGAUACUGCAAAGUUCAAGGAUGAAUCAGACAUCAUGAAGUUCAUAUGUAAAGAACUUUGGACUACAGUAUUCAAGAAACAAAUUGAUAAUCUAAGGACAAAUCAUCAGUAUCUAGCAUUUAUAUGUGGCUUAAUCAGAGGUGGUUUGUCAAACUUGGGAAUUAAAAGUAUUGUAACAGCUGAAGUAUCUUCAAUGCCUUCCUGCAAAUUCCAGGUGAUGAUACAGAAUAAGAAGGGUGCAGAAGCUGUAGGGUGCAGGGAAACACGAGAGAGUCUACUCCUGGGCAAAGAAAACCAAUAG